AUGGCGAAUAAGUUUGGAUUAGGUUCUUUAUCUUUAGAAACUAAAAAACCUAACACUACAGCGUGGAUAAAUAAAGCGAAACCUUACUUUGUGGAUCAAAUCGGAGACACUCUUCAAGAUGAAAAUGAAGAUACGUUUCAACAGGAAUUAAAUGCUCUGGAAACUAAACUUAACAGUGAAUUACAAAAAGAACUAACAAAUAUUAAAAAACAAAUACAAAACAUAGAUGAUAGCGAAAUCAAAACCCAUAUUCAACAACAAAUACAAAACAUAGAUGAUAGCGAAAUCAAAACCUAUAUUCAUCAACAAAUACAGAACAUUGAUGAUAGUGUUAUUCAACAACAGAUAACCACUAUUAAUAACCUAGUUUUAAAACAGGAUAAAAAUAUACUCGCAUUAGGAAAAAAAGUUUCUCAAGAAAGAAUCAUAUUAUUUCAAUCUUCCAUUUGGAAAUUUGACUCGUAUUGA